GCUGUCUCUGUGCUUUUGCAAACCUUUUGGUAGUUGUCUCGGUCUCUGAUCAUCCCUUUCCGACAACCCUGUUUGCCUCUCUCUCUCUCUCUCUCUCUCUCUCUCCAGUUGAUCCUUGUGUCCAGAUUUUGCUGCCACUCCAUUUCAUCGUUCUUGCGUUUUUUUUCUUGUUUUUUUUAUUAACCCAUUUUUCAGUUUCAUUAGUUUUUUAAUCUAAUUCACUGAAUCUUCUUCUGGGUUUGCACUGAAAAAUAGGGGAAAAAAAGGAUCGGCUUGGUUAAUGUAAUACAAUUCCUGUUUGUCUUCUAGGUCUCUUGAGUUCUCAACUUCGUUUGGAAGUUCUGUCGGAAAGUGGAAUCUUUUUUACCCUUCUGGGUUUAUGAUCUUUAAUCUUCAGGAAGAUUCUGUCUUGCGAAAAAGUAGUCUGAUCUUUCGCAGAUACACAAAUUUUUCUAUCUUUUUCUUUAUUGGAGGUAUCGGAACUGUGGUUGGAAGCAAAAGCAGAGAGAGAGAGACGGCUUCUCCAUUUGUUUUUCAAUUCUGCAGAUUGGCAAUUUCUUUCUGGGGAACUUAGAAUGUGAAGAGGGAGCUGAAAAGUUGCUUCCUUUUUUUUUCAUUCGUUGGGGAAGAAAAGUUUAGGGUUUUGAUCAGAUUUGGGGUUUGAGCAGAAGACGAAUGAAGCUCUUGAGAGAAGAGCUUAGCUUUUCUUAGGGCUUGAAAUCAUACGAAAAGAUCUCAGAUUCGGAUUGUUAGAUGUUUCCCCCUAGAGAUUUAGGGUUCAAACAGCAUCAAUCAUGAAAGCCCCUUCAUCAAAUGGGGUCUCUCCGAAUCCAGGAGGAGGGGAGAGGAAAGCUAUAAAUUCGGAACUAUGGCAUGCUUGUGCCGGUCCGCUCAUUUCGGUGCCUCCAGCCGGAAGUCUGGUCGUCUACUUCCCUCAAGGUCACAGUGAACAAGUUGCAGCUUCAAUGCAGAAGCAGACCGAUUUCAUACCGAGCUACCCGAAUCUUCCUUCAAAGCUCAUCUGCAUGCUCCAUAGUGUUACACUUCAUGCUGAUCCCGAGACAGAUGAAGUCUACGCUCAAAUGACCCUCCAGCCCGUAAACAAAUAUGACAAGGACGCGUUGUUUGCCUCUGAGUUGGGUCUUAAGCAAAACAGGCAACCUUCUGAAUUUUUCUGCAAAACCCUGACGGCAAGCGACACGAGCACUCAUGGUGGAUUCUCUGUUCCUCGUCGAGCAGCGGAGAAAAUUUUUCCUCCUUUGGAUUUCUCGAUGCAACCGCCUGCUCAGGAGCUCGUUGCUAAAGAUAUUCAUGAGAGUUCGUGGACUUUCAGACAUAUUUAUCGAGGUCAACCAAAAAGGCAUCUGCUAACUACAGGCUGGAGCGUGUUCGUUAGCACGAAAAGGCUCUUCGCUGGUGAUUCUGUUCUCUUUAUAAGAGAUGGAAAAUCGCAACUUCUCCUGGGUAUAAGGCAUGCAAAUAGACAACAGCCCGCUCUUUCUUCAUCCGUUAUUUCAAGUGACAGUAUGCAUAUCGGGAUUCUUGCCGCUGCAGCUCACGCUGCCACUAAUAACAGUCCGUUCACAAUAUUUUAUAAUCCGAGGGCUGCACCAACCGAAUUUGUGGUUCCCUUAGCUAAGUAUACAAAGGCAAUGUAUUCUCAGGUAUCGUUAGGUAUGCGGUUUAGGAUGAUGUUUGAGACCGAAGAAUGUGGGGUUCGAAGGUAUAUGGGUACGAUUACUGGUGUUAGUGACUUGGAUCCCCUAAGAUGGAAAAACUCGCAAUGGCGUAAUCUUCAGGUUGGAUGGGAUGAAUCAGCUGCUGGUGACCGGCCCAGUCGAGUCUCGGUCUGGGAUAUCGAACCAGUCUUAACGCCUUUUUACAUAUGCCCGCCUCCGUUUUUCAGACCCAAGUUUCCAGGACAGCACGGGAUGCCAGAGGAUGAGAGUGACAUAGAGACUGCUUUGAAGAGGGCAAUGCCAUGGCUCGGGGAUAGUUUCGACAUGAAGGACUCGUCGAGUUCGAGUUUUCCCGGGCUGAGUUUAGUUCAAUGGAUGAACAUGCAGCAAAAUGGGCAGUUACCCGUUGCACAGUCGGGGAUCUUCCCAUCCAUGCUCUCGACUACUUCUACUACUCUCCACAACAAUCUCGGCACCGACGAUCCUUCCAAGUUUCUGAACUUUCAGGCUCCAGGGCUCUCCUCGUCGAAUCUUCAGUUCAACAAACCAAACUCCCAAACCCAUAUCUCCCACCAGUUGCCGCAGCCACCCACUACACUGUCCCAACAACAGCAGCUGCAACAGCUGUUGCAGACUUCUCUGAACCAACAACAGCAACUGCAACUGCAACAACAGCAGCAACACCAACCUCUACAACCACGGCCACAGCAGCAACAGCUACAACCACAGCCACAACAACAACAGCAACAGCAGCAGCUGCAGCUUCCACAGCAGCAAGCUCAGGCACAAGCAUCUGGGCAGCAGCAGCAGCAUUUGCAGACGAAUAUGGUUUCGGCUGCAAUAACGAGCAAUAUGAUCACGCCAAACCUUGUUGUCAAUCAGAGCUUUCAACAGCAGCAGUCUCAGCAGCUUCAGCAAACACAUCAUCGGCCUUUUGCAGCUAGCAGUAGCCAACAGCUGAGUCAGAGUAGUGUAAACGGAACCAGCAAGACUUCAUCUAACUUGACUUCCAUGCCGCAAGACUCGCAGUUUCAACGGCAGGUAGAACAGCAGCCUUCGGGACUGUUACAUGGUCACAGUCAGCAGCCGUUACCGCAGAGCCUAUCACAGAAAGCUCACCAGUCUCAGGUUCAACAGAUUCUCCAACAAGGCCUCCUCGACCAACCUCAGCUACAGUUUCAGUUGCUGCAAAAACUUCAGCAGCAGCAACAGCUGCUUUCGCAGGGAAGCUCGCUCUUACAGUCUCAGUUAUUGCAUCAGCAGUUGCAAAAUCAGCAACAGCAACAGCUUCCUCUUUCUCAGGGUCAGCAAAUUUCAUCCUGUAACAACAGCUUAUCGACAUCAACUCUUCUGCAACCUCCACAGAUCCCGGUGAGCCAGCCCCGGGAAAAGCAAAAGACGGUUGAAGGGGUCGUCAAAGCUUAUUCGGGUAUUACCGACGGUGAACCGCCUUCCUGUUCAACGUCGCCUUCAGCUAAUAAUUGUCAUGACUCUUCAUCCAACUUGCUGAAUCGAAGCCAGAGCGGGCCACCUGUCUUGGUCCCUGAUGCAGUGGCCGAUGCCUCGGGUAAUCUUGUUCAGGAGCUUUACAGCAAGCCUGAUAUCCGGUUUAAGCAAGAAUUUCCAAGUUCCCGAGGUUCCGACCUGCAGAAAAUCAAGGGUGAAGCAUCUGCAUCUGGAAAAACAUCGUACUGUCUGGAUGGUGGUAACAUACAGCAAAAUCUCUCGGCCCCCACCUUUUGCCUCGAUGGUGACGCCGCCCCAUCAUAUCCAAGAAACUGUAUACUUUCCGGAGCUAAUGUUGAUAGCUUUGUACCUGACGCAGUACUUUCCAGGGGAUAUGAUUCCCAGAAAGAUCUUCAGAACUUGCUUUCGAGUUAUGGAGGAACAACAAAUGACAUCGGUACAGAGAUGUCAACUUCUGCCGUGAGGACUCAAUCGUUCGGGGUUCCAAAUGUGCCAGCAAUAUCGAAUGAUGUAGUUGUCAAUGAUCCCAGAGUUUUGGGUGGCGGGUUGUGGGCGAACCAAACUCAGCGAAUGCGAACUUAUACCAAGGUGCAAAAACGUGGAUCGGUAGGAAGAUCCAUAGAUGUAAACAGGUACAGAGGUUACGACGAACUCAGGCACGAUCUCGCUCGCAUGUUCGGAAUCGUAGGGCAGUUGGAAGAUCCACAAACAUCCGACUGGAAACUUGUCUAUGUCGAUCAUGAAAACGACAUCCUACUCGUGGGCGAUGAUCCAUGGGAAGAGUUUGUAAACUGCGUUCAAAGCAUAAAGAUCCUUUCUUUCACCGAAGUUCAACAGAUGAGCCUCGACGAGAGCUUCGUGGGUUUACCCGUAACCGAUCAAGCUUGCAGCGGUGGCGGCGGUGACGAGGGAAACGGUUGGAGAGGAAAUUACGACGAUAACUCGGCUGCCGCCUCGUUCAAUCAGUAGAAGCUGAAGAUUCUCACGGCACGGCACCUGAUUCUUUCUUUCCCAGUUUGUAACGUGGAACUGCUUCUCGUUGAAGACAGUUCCCCUGCUACAACGGUACGAGGUUUUACACGGUAAAUCUUCUGUUUUAUAACAUUGAAGUGUACGAGAAACUUUGUUUUUGAAUGUAAUUACUCCGAUUAUAGAUGA